CCUACAUCUACCUAUCAGCCAUGCGGAGACUAGGGAUUGUGUUUCCGCAAGGACAACCCAGCCGACGAUGCAAGCAGUACUCCGCGGCCAAUCUCACCUCCAGCGAUCUAAUUUGACAACACCAAACGCCUCCGGGUUCGCCAUCUGCACAAGCCUUGCCUUUGCGGCCACGCUGGCUUCGUCGGCCGACGUCGAGUCCCGAUCAACCUGUCACACUUCCUACGGGAGCGUGAGGACUACGGAGUGGCAUACCUUCAAGACCACCUCGGCCUGUCAUCCCGUCUCGACCUCGACCAUCACAGAGACAAGGCACUGGGGGCAACCAGUGGCGACCUCGACGAUUCGCAAAACCAAGACCAUCACCGAACCUACAAAGACUCGCCGCACAACCAUCACCACUAGUGUGACUGCAACAAAGACCAUCACGAGCUACUCGAAUAUCGGCGCAUCUCCGACAGCGAGCGAAGUACCGUCAGCGAAGAGAGAUGUACACCGUCGCAAAGCCGCGCCACUACAACAGCAAUCUCAGCCUGAGGUUCAUUGCACAGUCUGGCAGUGGCCCUGCAGUCCCUGGGUGUCUACCACGACACAUACUUCUUGGGUUGGAUCGACCAAAACCGUGACCUCCACAAUCACCCCGAUAAUCACCAGCACAACGACUCGUACUACGACUGUCUCGACGACAACAUCAACUGUCACCUCCACGUACGCCUCCUUCUACAUCGUAGCGAGUAGCGACACCGCAGUCCCCGACGGCACCACCCUGACGAACCAGCCCGACGGCAACGACGGCGAAGGUAACAGCACCUUCACCGGAGGCAACACCAUCUUCGCGCUCGAUGCCGCCACAGGCCAGCUCUACGACACCGCGAACGACGAAAUCGCAAACGUCAGCCCGGACAAGGGCACCUACAAUGUGUUUUUCGACACCAUUACCCAGAUCAACGAUUAUGGAUACAUCGCUUGCGAUUGCUCGAUUAAUGGGUAUACUCUAGUCUUGAGCUGCGAUUGUGACGGCGAUACCGUCUUUCAGACCAGCACGGGCGGCUUCUUGUUCAUUGGCCAAGAUUUGGAUCCAGAGUACUACACUGCCGUAACACCAUUGGUCCAGCCCAUUUUUGGUUGAUAUUGUAGAAAUUUGGUCAGGCGUCUUCUUUGCUAUACCUGCUCUUGAAAAUCGAUUUUUAACAUCUCCCUUCUCCCUUUGUUCCUCGAUUUGAACAAGUCCGCUCGCACACAGCCAUGAGCCGCUGGAUUUGCUGAACAUCCGCCUUCGCCAAGGCGGAGCCGCGCGCGUGGCAAAGGAAAUUUGAUUGGCCAGCCUCGUCCAAGUUUGAUGCAACAGCCU